AUGUUGGCGAGAAAAAGCAUCAUCCCAGAGGAGUUCUCCCUACCGGGGCUUGCUUCUAGGAUCCCCCGCAAACCAGUGUUCAGGGACCGGGUGAACAAAGCCCGCUUCAUCGCCAAGAGCGGAUCCUGCAACUUGGCGCACAAGAACAUCCGAGAACAGGGAAGAUUCCUGCAAGACGUCUUCACCACUCUGGUGGACCUGAAAUGGCGCUUCACCCUGGUCAUCUUUACCAUGACUUUUCUGUGCAGUUGGCUCCUCUUCGCCAUGUGCUGGUGGCUUGUGGCCUUUGCCCAUGGAGACCUUGAACCCAACCGCACGUCUGGCAUUGAGCAGUGCGUCACCAACGUCAAGUGAGUAGUAUAGUAUAGGCUCUAUACAUAUUUUGAACUGUUGAUGUUUGGGGAUUUAACUUCUAUAUAUUUCUGAAUGUCUGUAUUGUGUGUGGUAACUUGUGUAUUUUAAGGGCGGGAAUAAAUUAUAUGGAUUUAUUGGGGACUUUUAGUGCAAUUAUUACAUAUACUCAGUUUUAGAAUAACUUUGCUAUUUUUUAUUAUAACACUGUUACAGUUAUAUGAUAGAGCUCCUUGCCAUAGAAAAAAAGAAUUUUCUUCAACUGAUAAGGAACUUAAAGGGAUACUUUUUUGGCAAUGAAGCCCUUUAUCAGAUGAACUCAUGGAAACCAUUUUUAUGUCUCUGCAUCCAGUAUGAAGGAAGUUGGAGGUCGUUUCGGGAGCCAAUGCUAACUAGCAUUAGCGCAAUGACUGGAAGUCUGUGGUAUCUACUAGCAUACUAGCAGUUACCAGCAAUGACUGGAAGUCUACGGUAUCUACUAGCAUGCAAGCAGUUACCAUAGACUUCCAGGCAUUGCGCUAACGCUAGGUAGCAAUUGCGUUAAUGAUAGUUAGUAACUUCCUUCAAACUGCAUGCAAGACAUAAAAAGGCUGUCCACGAGUUCAUCUGACUGGGGAAGUAGAUAAAGGGCUUCAUUGCCAAAAUCCUGAAGUAUCCCUUUAAAAGGGCAAAUCUGCAGUUGCUACAUUUAUCAUUGGAUUUAUAAAUUAAUGAUAUGUACCAAUUGAUUCUUAAAGAAUUUAAGUAUAAUUUAUUGUUCAACUGUCAUACCCCAGCUGAAUGCAAAUAUAAGCUUGUUUUAUUCCAAUGUUUGUAAACAAAGUCAAUGUAAACAAACACUAUAAAGCCUCAAAACAUGGAAGUAAAGUAAGUAGCCUUGCACGAGCAUUGGCGUGUGCGAGCAGGAAGCGUGAGGCAGCUUGAUGUACAAGUACAGGACGCUAGUCUAUCACUGGGCCUUAACCCCAAUCUCCUUAAUGCUGAGUGCCAAGCAGAGACGCAUCAGGUCCCAUUUUUACAGUAUUUGGUAUCGAACUCCAAUCCUUCCAAUCUCAGGGUGGACAUUCUAACCACAAGGCCACUGAGACAUGGUUAAAACUAUCAUUUUGAUAUCAUGGAUGAUCAGUCCUUGCAUCCAUAUCUCCGUCUAUGAAUUUGAGAGUGGUUACAUUUCUCCGGCCCCAUCCCUCAGCUUUUUACCGAAGCAGGGGAGUGGAGCACGCUUUGUUAUUGUUUCAACUGCUGAUUGCCCAGUUAAAGUCUCCAACAUAUUGCUGUCAUUAUUUAGUCCUCUGAGAUCAGUGGUUGUAGGGGGAAGCAGAUGAGGACAGGAAGCCAUAUGAAACCACACAGCCUGUCCAGUAGCUUCCUGCUCCUCUGACCCCUGUGACCUCUCUACCUUCACCACAGAUGUAGGAUCAGGUCUCUACACCGCUAUUACAGAUGUAGGAUCAGGUGUCUACAACAAACAUCUGACCCUUGACCAAUGUUUAUGUCCAACGUCUCCCUCCUCUUUAACUCUCAUUUCCUCUGACCCCUGACCCCUGACCUUUGACCUGCUCUCUCUGCUCUGCAGGUCAUUCACCUCAGCCUUCCUGUUCUCCAUCGAGGUCCAAGUGACCAUCGGUUUUGGCCACCGUAUGAUCACAGAGCAGUGCCCCACGGCCAUCGCCGUCCUCAUCUUCCAGAACAUCGCUGGCCUCAUCAUCAACGCCAUCAUGCUAGGGUGCAUCUUCAUGAAGACAGCCCAGUCGCACCGCCGCGCCGAGACGCUCAUCUUCAGGUGGGAUGGUAGCCUAGAG